UUUUUAUGUUCCAGCUGUUGCACAGGAUUCGAAUGACUGCCUCCGGAAGAAAGACUUUCAACAGGCCAUGAAGUUUAGAAGUUUCGCCGGUGAUGUCGCGGUCGCCUUUUCCAUUCAACCACUGCAUGCCCUGCACGGAUGAGCAACAAAGGUAAAGGUGGUAGCUGUCCUCUUCUUCUGUUGCCACAACCCUUUUGGGACAUACUAGUAUAUAGACAACCAUCCUCUGAUUGAUUGAUUGAUUGAUUGAUUGAUUGAUUGAGCUACAGCCAGCCAGUAGCUACUUUAGAAUAGUAGAAAGCGCCAUGUCGAAUACUACUACUACUGCUAUCUCAUCGGACGAGACAUUGACGAUUUUCAAGGCAUGCAGUGAAGCGAUUGACUACGACGAUGGAGCGAAUGCGUAUGCACUACUGCAGUGCGUGUCGUCUCAUAUAGAGUCGGACAUUGACGCCACCCAACAUGCACUGCGGUCGUAUCUGUUGCUGUUGAGCGGGGCUCUGAUUUUCUUUAUGCAAGCGGGUUUUGCCAUGCUGGUCGCCGGCAGUGUGCGACGGAAGAAUACUCGAAACAGUAUGCUCAAGAAUUUGCUAGAUGCGGUGGGUGCCGCCAUUGCGUACUUUUGUGUGGGAUAUGGGUUUGCGUUUGGUGGGGAAAUGAACGAAUUUGCCGGCAGCGGAUUGCCCGACACGACCUUUAUUGGAUUGGAAAACUUUUUUGGACAAGGCGAAAUUGAUUAUCCCUUUUACUUUUUUCAAUACACGUUCUUUGCGGCAUCGGUCACGAUUGUUGCGGGAACGUUAGCCGAGCGAUGUCAAAUGGGAGCCUACUUGGGAUACUCCAUGUUCUUGACGGGAUUUGUCUAUCCCGUCGUGGCGCAUGCCGCAUGGACCGCUAAAGGAUUCCUCUCGCCGACUCAUGUCGAGCCGCUCUUGGGAAUUGGAAUGGUCGACUUUAGUGGCAGUGGUGUCGUUCAUUGUACGGGAGGAUUCACGGCCUUGUAUGCCACCAAGAUUCUCGGAAGUCGCAGAGGACGAUUCUACGAUAUCAACACGGGAGCCGCGCUCGAUGUCCCCAAGCCCAUGCCGGGUCAUUCCGUUGCCUUGCAAAUGCUAGGCAGUUUCAUUCUGUGGUUUGGUUGGUACGGCUUUAAUCCUGGAACGGCUCUCUUGCUGACUGACAAUCCGUAUCAAGCAGAGAUUGGAGCACUCUGUGCCGUCAAUACAUUCAUGGCGUCCAGUGGAGCAUGUAUUGCGGCAUUGAUUGUCAAAAUGAUAUGGAGUUAUCGCGAAACGGGACGAUAUUCUUUUGACCUCCUGGCCGCCAUGAAUGGGACAUUGAGUGGCCUCGUGUCGAUCACUGCGGGCUGUGCCACCCUCGAUUUGUGGGCGGCCUUUCUCGUGGGUGCCAUUGCUGGUGUCCUUUACGUUUUUGGGUCAGACCUCUUAGUGCGGAUUCAGAUUGAUGAUGCCGUCGAUGCCAUUCCCGUUCAUGCCAUGGGAGGUGCUUGGGGAGUCAUUGCCGUAGGACUCUUCUCCGUUCCCAAACGGCUCGCACAGAUUUACGGCGAAGAGGCCGGAAAACAUCCCGGAUUCUUUUACAGUUUCAGUAACGGAGGUGUCAAUGCCGAUUUGUUGGCAUGUCAAGUGGUGGGCAUUCUCUUUAUCAUUGCAUGGACCAUGGCCACCAUGUUUCCCUUUUUUAUUUGGCUCAACUUUAUGGGAUGGUUUCGGACCGGAUCGGUGCAAGAAUUGGUCGGAUUGGAUAUUGCCUACAACUUGGAUGGUGGAGAAGCCGCGGCUGCCGAUGAAGGUGGUGCAGGGGCAGCCGAAGAGGAUAUGAAACCCGAAUAUUUGGAUGCCUAUCAACGGUACCGGGAAGUCAUGCGGGAACAACGAAUUCAAGAUCAGGAAGAAGAAGAUCCUUAGUUGGCGCUGCAUGUACUGGUAUCGAAUACAUACAAGCGAGUGGUUUUCAGACGGGCAGUGGGGAUGGCACUGACAUGGCGAGCCAAAAAAGGGCCGCAAACACCGAACCGAAGCCAUGCCAAAUCCAAUGACAACAACGUGCUAGCUAGCUAGGCGGCUACGGUACCGGUACGGCAUGCUGAGAUGGGCAGACGGCCGUGUCAGAGUGCACGAAAUCCCCACCAUCCGCGGCAUUGUGGUUGGCUGGAAACUAGUUAAUUAAAUGCGGUGACAUGCAUAAUGAAGCCAUCCUUUCAUGGCUGCUGGAAUGGCGUGGCACUGGUGCAAGGGAUAAAUUCAACAACAUUUGGGCACGAAGAUAGUACUCACGUACAAUCGAAAACAGACGCGCUGCUAACUUUCGUACGCAGUGAUGUUGAACUCUCAAUGUACUUCAAAAGGCCUCGAUAUGCCGUGCAACACUUUUUAUUAGAAUAACAGACAUCUGUAUAUUAUACUUUCAGAAAAGCCCAGAGC